UCCAGGAUUUCCGUGGUGAAUCUUGUGUGUGUGUCGUCCCCGUGUGUGACAGGAACAACUUGAACAACACUGAAGUUUGUCUUGUCGGUACCUAACUAGUUGAGUAAGAAAGAGUUUAAGAACGAAAACGAUGGAGUCUACAGGAGCUCCCCCGAAACAGAAACGGCGCCCGCGAAAGCACAAGCCAAAGCAGCAACCGGCUACGCAGGAAGUGACCGUCCAGCAACCAGUUGCUGUUCCGAGUCCACCUAAAACUGAAACAAACAAGGAAAACAUUCAGCAGCAGGAACAGACCGCUCCGCUCAAUCGAAAUCCAAGCAAACGCCACCGAAAACGAAACAGAGGAAAGAAACCGGAAAGCCAAGACCAACAGGUACAGCAGAUUUCUCUGGAAGAAAUUUUCCCCGGGACGAAGGUUUAUACGUUAGACAAUCAGACGGUACCGAAGAAGGAAGAAACUGUGCAACAGCCUACGAGAGGCGAUAAAGGCUCAAAGCAAGGGAAAAGGUCAAAUUUGGUUAAAAAUCAAACAGUUGAGAAUACUGAAUCAGAACAGAUAUUUCCUGCGAUCAAGACUGAUUCGCUGGUAAGUACAACUAACGCAUUGUCUGUGGAAGACAUCCGAUCGGGAGAUAUCUUCCCUGCCGCUGAUAUUUAUUCUUUCGAAAAUAAUGCUCUACCAAGAAAGGUAAAGAUUGUACAGUGGGUUCAGAAAGUGUCGCAUCAAAAGCCGAUUAAAGCCAUCGCUGGCAUCGAAGACAUUUCACUGCAGGAAAUCUUUCCGGUAGAUCAAAACCGAAGUAAACCAUCCCCAGAACAGCAAACUAUGGACCCUCCCAAGACUGAGAAAUCCCGAGAAGAGGUGCUUGUCGAGCGAGAGGCCAAGAAAGCUGCUAAGGCAGCGGUUAAAAAUAAGGAUAAGGCCCCACCGAAACCAUCUCCGCAGCCAGUUCCAUUGCAAAAGUCCAGCACGGACUCGAGUAUUUCUGAAAAGCUCGACAAGCUGCAUAUCUCAGAGCCGUCCUGUAAGACAGCGGCUAACGCUCAACCAGUUGCUACCGCACCAACACCAGAUGCUAAGCAACUAAGUAAGGCCGAACGUAAAGCCCAAUUCGAGGCUCAGAACCUUAAUUUGGCCAAGGCGAAGCCGGAAACUAAACCAACAUUAUCGAAAGCUGAACGACGAGCUGUACAGGAAGCACAAAGAGCUGCCAAGGCCGUAGCUCAGGACAAGAAAACUGCUCCUGCCGUGAAGGCUAAAGCAGAACCUGCUGUCAAACCUUUAGGAGCUAAAAAGGAAGGUUCCCCACAGAAACAUGCAAAGAAAUCUGCCAAGGCAACAGACGCGCCCCAGCAGCAGCAACCGCACAUGGUCAAACUGUUCAACCAUCUGUACAUGAAGAAGUUUGCUGCAUCGGAGAUUGUCAACUCGACCCAGCUUCAUCCGGCGAUCACCAAGCUGGGUCUGCAGUAUGCCGAAGGCGUCAUGGCAGGUUCCAAAGCACGGUGCCUGGCCUUCCUGAAGGCCCUGAUGCAAAUGAUCAAGGAUUAUGAAACGCCCCCGGAGAAGGAAUUUUCUCGCGGUUUUGAAGAGGCCCUCAACCCGAACAUUACCUACCUGCAAAAGUGCCGUCCAUUUUCCGUCUCGAUGACCAAUGCACUAAAGUACAUCAAGAUGUACACCCGGCAGCUGAAUGCCAAGGAAUCGGACUCGGAUCAAAAGGAAUUCCUCCUGGACGCCAUUGACACAUACGUUCGGGACCAGAUCGAGAAGGCCGAGGAAGCGAUCAGCAUUUCGGUGCAGGACAAGAUCUACGACGGCGACAUCAUUCUCACUUACGGGUGCUCAUCCCUGAUCAAACACAUCCUGGAGGAAGCGAACCGUCGGCAGAAGAACUUCCGCGUGGUCAUCGUAGAUUCACGACCACGCAACCGGGAGCACGAAAUGCUUCGCCAGCUGGUGGUCCAAGGAAUUGACUGCACCUGUGUACUUAUCAACGCCAUCAGCUACGUGAUGCCGGAGGUUACGAAAGUGCUGCUCAGCGCACACGCUCUGCUGGCAAACGGAUGUGUCAUGUCCCGUGUUGGGACGGCCCAGAUCGCACUGGUUGCCAAGUCCUACAACGUUCCGGUGUUGGUGUGCUGCGAAACGCACAAGUUUAGCGAGCGCGUGCAGACGGAUGCUUUUGUUUACAAUGAAAUUGGAAACCCCAACGACCUUAUCCUGCACUCGGGAACCCGGCAGAAUCGAUCCUGCAAUCCGUUGGCCGAUUGGGAAUCGAUCAAUCACCUGACGCCGCUCAACCUGCACUACGACGUGACGCCGCCGGAGCUGGUGACGGCCGUGGUGACUGAAGUGGCCAUCCUGCCCUGCACUAGCGUUCCCGUUAUUCUGCGCAUCAAACCUUCCGAGGUUGGCUACUAGUUUCGAGGGGUUUGGGAUGAGAUGGACUGUUUAAAAUAUCGAAAUUUAUAAUAAUAAAU